AUGACUCGUAGAGGCAGGAAUAAUUGUUACUUUAGUGAUGAAGGAAAUUGUUCUACUAAACCGUUAUACACUCGAAAAGUCCUUGAAAGUGUAGAUAUUAUGGUGUCGGGAAACCUUGUUUCUGAAUUUGAUUUAAUUGCAUCUCAUAUAAACAGCAACGUAUAUCGAAAAGUGUGUGACAUUGAAGCAGUAUGCGAAAAUCAUAAAGCAAAAUACAGUUGCAAAUACAGUCCUCCAGUUCAAUGUCAGUACCGUGGUUGCAACAUCGGCUAUAUUUGUAAUAAAUGUCGUGAUGUAGUAUCCAAAGAAAAUAAUCGAUCAAAUGCAAUAUUUGAACAGCGUGACGACUCAAUAUGGGAACUUAGUGUUCAAAAUCCCGAAGAUGAGUCUAAAUUAGACGAAUUUUUUACCGAGCCAAACGGCGAACGACAAAAACUGCUUCCCUCUAGAGUAUCAGUUGAAAGUCAAAAGUCAGAUGAUGAUAUAAUUGAGUUAAAAGUAUAUUCUCGAGAAACUUCAAUCGAUCGCGAAGUUUAUGUUUCAUCGACUAUGACUGCAGCAGACCUUCGACAAAUCAUCUUUGGUCAACUUAAUUUGCCAUAUUGUUCACAAAAUUAUGGACUAUUAAGAUGUACAUCAGAAAAGAUAGAGAUUAUUUCUGAAGAAAAUUUGAAUAAAACACUGUAUGAACUUGAGUUCAAGCGAUUAUCAACAGUAGUGAUUGCACUGUACGAAAAUAUAAAACGUAUUACUCCAUCUCAAGAUCAUAUUCGACUGCAAAUCUACGUCCAAAAUGACCCUGUUACCUCACUGUUAAAAAAUCCACUGAUAACAGCUGGAGAACUACACUCUGAUAUAGUCAGCUACUUGAAUAAAGCAGCAAUAAAGGAACACACAACUCGUUUGUAUGUUCAUAAAGAAAAUACAGAUGAAGAGAUAUCUGAAUCAAUGUAUCAGAAGACAUUAAAAGAUCUCGGCAUCACAGAUCAAACAAAAAUUAUUGUUAAAAUACACAAUAAACCCAGGCAAACCCAUUCGCAGAUAACAGCUAAUAAUAACUCUAUUACGCCAUUGAGCGUACCACCAAUCGUCAGUAAACACGGUGUUAGGUUAAACAAUCUAUUUCCCGCUUCACCAUUCCCCUUCUCUUCAGUUUUUUCUACGAAAACACUCUCGUUGAGUAAGCAUGCAGGUUUACGCGGCCUCAUAAACCUCGGCAAUACGUGUUUUAUGAACAGUGCUCUUCAAUGUCUGAGCAAUAUUCGACCGCUGACUAUCUACUUUUUGGAAAACAUUCAGUCGUUGAAUGGUGAGAUGUCAGGUGCCUAUGCAGAUUUUAUCUCAAACAUAUGGGAUCAUCCGCAAGAUAGCUGUUUUGAGCCAAAACUUUUGAAACGUCGUAUCAGUCUUUUCGCACCUCAGUUUACGGGCUAUGGUCAACAUGAUGCACAAGAAUUUAUGAAUUUUUUACUCGAUGCUCUUCAUGAGGAUUUAAAACGUUUUAGUAGUGAUGAUCCACAAUCGAUUAUUGCUGAUCUGUUUCAUGGUGAAAUGCAGUCAGUCGUUCAAUGUUCACAGUGUAGUAAUAGCGAAGUCUCUACGAAUCUCUUCACUUUUCUUCCUUUGCAUUUACACCAAAAAAGCAGAGUAUUCGAUGUCGAAUAUCGUUCGUUAAACAAUGGAGUAAAAAGUUAUCGAGUAGAAACAGCCCGAAAUGGAAACAUAUCCAAUUUAAUCAAUGACUUCAUCUUCACUUAUAAAAGCUCGGCCGAUUAUCAACGAUAUCAGAGAAAUCUUCCAAGAGCAAACUGCCUUUUGGUAAGUGAUAGUCACCAAAAACAUGGACACCAUAGUCACGGUGAGUUAUUGAGAAAUAUUUUAACUAGUAACGUAUUUUUACAAGAAACUUCUUCCAUAAUUGAAACAUGUGAUCCAAAAGAAUUAACGAUAUAUGAAUGUUUAGAAAAGUUCACGGCUCAGGAAAUAUUGGGUAAGCAUGGAAAAUGGUACUGCUCGCGAUGCGAUAUACUGAGAAAUGCAACUAAAACAUUCAACAUUGUCUUGCUGCCAAAAGUACUUAUUCUUCAACUAAAACGCUUUAGCUACAACGACUCAAACGACAAAAUUAAUAUCUUUGUAGACUGUCCAUUGACAGAUUUAGAUCUGAGCGACUUUACAUCUAACAAAACGAAAGCAAAAUACGACCUUGCUGCAGUUUCAAAUCAUAGCGGUACAUUAAAAUUUGGUCACUAUGUAACAAAUGCAAAAAAUUUUGCGACUGGAAAGUGGUAUCAAUUUGAUGAUCAAAAGGUGAAUAGCAUAAUCGAGACUGAUGUUAUCACAAAAAAUGCGUACAUUUUGGUUUACAUUCAGCAGUAG